AUGGCCUGGCUUGGAUUACUGGUCUGUAUAUGUCUGGAUGUGUGUGUCCGUGCUGCCCAAGCAGUCCCACCACAACACCGUGGCUGGCUGCGCCUGUGGGAGGAAGGGGAGGGCUGCGGCGUGUGUCACCGGCAGCUCUGCCCGCCCGUGCACGACGGCUGCCCGGCGGGUCGGGUGAAAGACAACUGCGGGUGCUGCGAGCAGUGCGCUAACGCGGAGGGGCAGCAGUGUGACCCGGACGGGGCCCAGAGGUUCUACGGCAGCUGCGGAGAGGGCCUCGUCUGCCAGAGGAAAAUGAUGAGGAGGGGACGCAGAGGCGACGAGGGGGUCGACCCGGAACCAACAUGCGUGUGCCGGGAUAAGGGCCCAGUGUGUGGCUCGAAUGGGUGGACCUACCCCAACCCGUGCCAGCUGAGAGAGGCCGCCAGCCGCGGCAGGGCAAUGCUCGAGCUCUCGGGACACGGACCCUGUUACUCUGCACCCCGCAUUGUCAGAGGCCCCAAAGACCUGUCCAACUACACGGGGAAUGACAUCGUGUUUGGCUGCGAGGUGUCAGCCUACCCUCUUCCACGCCUGACCUGGAGGAAGAAAGGGAGAAACUACUUCCUGCCAGGGGAUGAUGCUCACAUCUCUGUCCAGACUAGAGGGGGUCCCCAGCGCUACACUGUCUCCACGUGGUUGCAGAUCGAAGGCCUCCACCUCACUGAUGCCGGGGUCUACUCCUGCAUCUCCCACAAUGCAGUGGGAGAGACAUCUGCAUCCGCACAACUCACAGUGCUGAGACAGGCCGAAGAGACAAAGAAGGGUCGUCGAGAGGAGCGGGAGAAGGAGGACCGUAGCUUUGGAGACCCGGGGGAAGGAAGUGAACAUGGACAGCUAGAGUCCGGAGACUACUGGGGAUAAAUGUCCAGAUUGGAGACAAGACAGGGAGGAUAGUUCAACCAGUGGAUGUGAAUAAUUGGGCCAUGCAUGGUGCUUGUUAGUCACAGCUUACGAUUCAGUUAUGAAAUGAACAGAUAUCAGGUAUAACACACACACCUACUGUGCGACUGCCUCUGUUUGAAACCGCUUUCUCACUGCACCUCAGAAUGAGAAUAAAGCCUUC